ACCCAGAAUCAGUCAGUUACUUUCACAACAUUCUGGCUGCAAGCCUGCUGGUAACUGAGUGUGGGUCAGUUGACUGAUGUGUCAACAGUCAGCGUCCUUCCUCUGUGCUGGACAAAGUGGACACCAGCUGUGUCUAUUCAGAUUCAAAUCCCAACGGCCAAUCAGAGCGGCUGUUUCAACUAAAAGCCUGUGUGACUGGUUGAAAUCAUGUUAAAAUCCCUUGUCACUUAAGUGAAUGACGUAAGAUGAAGAGUGACCACUUGACCCAAAAGUUGUUGCGUUGUCACUAAAACAAGACCUCCUUUUAUUAUAGCUGAUUAUUUUGUAGCUCAUUGCAACUCAAAAUAGUAGCACUGAAAAGGUUAUUUUUAUAAUUUAUGCUAAUUAGGUUAGUUUUAAAAUUUAAAUGGGAACAAGGACAAACGGGACAUCUUCAUGCAAGAGUGACCGCUGGAAAGAAAUAAAUAUUCAUUAAAUAAUUAAAACGAAGUAACUUUUCCAAAUUGUGAUCAUGUUACACGUAACAAUUUUUGUUAAUUUGUUCCAGUAUUGUAUUUUAUCUGACAUGCAGGAUGGUCAGCUCCCAAACUGUAUAUGUGUAGGUUAUUCUGUCAUAACUUUGAUUAUGAUGCAGCUGCAACUACAUCAUUCUUAUAUUAUUAACUGAAUACAAGUGCAUAAAAAUAUGCUUUUCUAAUAUAUAAAUACAUAAUGGAGCACAUGGCACACUAAAGCUUCUUGCCUCCUUUUCAAAUGCAAAAUAAUUUGAGCAUUUGGGGCAAAAUCUCACCAGAAUGGAGGCUGAGUUUUUUUUUUUUCUGGGGGGGUGGGUGGGGCUAUCAAGCCCCCACCCCGCAGUACGAUACCCUAAAAUUUAAUGCAAAAAGUAAAAUUAUUUCUUUACCAAAAGUGCAAAUUUUAAGUUUAAGCUUUUGCAAUUAACCAUUUUGUUCAACAGCUACUUGGUAUGUAAAGGUGGUGACACAAGAAAUGUUUGUCUGUAGGACAAACAUUACAGAAUGAUUUGUGUUUGUAAAUCAGAUCUUGUUAGUUUAGCUUUAAGUUUAAACAAAACCAUAAAAAACACGUUACUCAACGCAGAGAGAUUUAAAAAAAAAAAAAAAAAAAAAAAAGAAGAAAUUGUAAAACAUCCUUAAAUUCUCCCACAAUCCUCGUGUAAGGGCCUCGUGUCACUGCACCGUUGCUCUGUAUAUUUGCCUCCUCUUCAUUCUGCCACUGGCGCACAGAUUUAGCUAUAAAAUACAAGAUCAGCCACAGUAAUUUGUUUCGUUACGUGCCCCAUUGUGUUAUGAUUUCCGACCACACGUACACUUGAACGCACCAAGUUGUAUCGGAUUUACGAUUGAGGAGAACUCAAGAGACGGAAGUUUAUGAGGCGACAUUGAACGCAGCACAGCGCUCCGUAUUUUUUCCCUUCUGUGGAGGGGAGGGAGAAGGUGUGUGUGUGCGGGGGGGGGUAUUUGACUCCUGUCUCCCCACCCCCAGUCCGUACGAGGUGGAUUUAGGAAGAAAGGAAUCCAAACCUGGUACGCGGAGAUAACGAGAGACACCAAUAAAGAGAUAUAGGCUACAACUGGAGAUCUGCGCGCGGCGGUGUCGCGCACGGAUUAUUAUAGGCGAUUUUAUUUUUCUUUCAUUGAGGAGCUUCGGGCUUGGAGCGUCUGAUCUGGGGGAGAAAGGAAUACAAACGCACGGGGAAUAAUAGCAGUAUUUUAUACUCGCCCCCCCUCCGUUAACAAGUGACUGCUCUGCCGCUCGAGAAAGUGGAAUAUAGCGGUUUUUCUGCUGUCGGGGAUGCGAGGCAACUGUUUUUUUCUGACGGAAUACGACUGCUCACCCACAGAGAAUACGGAUUUUAAAAGCUGUCCCCCCGUAAACCAACUAGGGGGUAGUCUCAGAAGUACUACUUUUCUCACGCCGCUGAAAGUGCCAAGCUGUCCUGCGUGAAGACCCCAACCUUCCCAGCGCAGUCGGGGCCUCGGCUCUCCGGCCAGGUCAAGGAUCAGUCCCACCCCGCCCCUCCCUGCCCCCUCCCCUUUCCCUACUGGAGCCAAGAUGGCCACCAGCGGUGUCCCUCGCCUCUCCUUGCCACUCCUGCUGCCUGUCACCACUCUGCUGCUAUCACUGCUGCUCACCAGCUCACACGCCUUAUCACCACCGCGGUUCACUAAAGUUCCCGUCGACCAGAUUGGUGUCUCGGGGGGCGUGGUCUCCUUUGUCUGCCAGGCGACAGGCGACCCCAAGCCGAGGGUUAGCUGGAACAAGAAAGGCAAGAAGGUCAACUCCCAGCGCAUCGAGACGAUUGAGUUUGACGAGGGUGCCGGCGCCGUCCUCAGAAUCCAGCCUCUCCGAGCGCCGCGUGAUGAGAACAUCUAUGAGUGCGUGGCAGAGAACAGCGAGGGCGAGAUCACCGUCAAUGCCAAGCUGUCCAUUAUUCGAGAGGACCUACUCCCACCAGGCUUCCCCAACAUUGACAUGGGCCCUCAGUUGAAAGUGGUGGAGCGCACUCGGACAGCCACCAUGCUCUGUGCCGCCAGUGGCAACCCUGACCCAGAAAUCACCUGGUACAAAGACUUCCUGCCCAUUGACCCCAGUGCAAGUAACGGGCGAAUCAAACAGCUACGCUCAGAGGGUACCCCGAUUCGAGGUGCCUUGCAGAUCGAGAACAGCGAGGAGACGGACCAGGGGAAGUACGAGUGCGUGGCGAUUAAUGUGGAAGGCGUGCGCUACUCGUCCCCUGCUAACCUUUAUGUGCGAGUCCGGCGGGUGCCCCCUCGCUUCUCCAUCCCACCAGCGAGUCAGGAAAUUAUGCCCGGUGGCAGUGUGAACAUUACGUGUGUGGCAGUGGGAUCGCCCAUGCCUUACGUGAAGUGGAUGCUGAAUUCAGAGGACUUGACACCAGAGGAUGAGAUGCCAGUGGGCAGGAACGUUCUCGAACUGAGCAGCGUCCGUGAGUCAGCCAACUACACCUGCGUGGCCAUGAGCAGCCUUGGCAUCAUUGAAGCUGUGGCGCAGAUCACUGUCAAAUCUCUCCCCAAGCCUCCAGGUACGCCUGUGGUUACUGAAACCACUGCCACCAGUGUGACCAUCACCUGGGACUCAGGCAACCCAGAGCCUGUGACUUACUAUAUCAUCCAGUACAGGGCCAAGUCCCCAGACAGCAAGUAUGAGACAGUGGAUGACAUCACCACUACACGUUACAGCAUUGGUGGCCUCUACCCCAACACAGAGUAUGAAAUCCGUGUCUCAGCCGUCAACACAAUCGGUCAGGGUCCUCCCAGUGAGCCAGUAGAAACCCGGACUGGAGAACAAGCCCCUGCCAGUCCACCGCGAAACAUUCAGGCCCAGAUUAUUUCCCAAAACACCAUGAUGGUGCGCUGGGAAGAGCCAGAGGAGCCCAAUGGGCAGAUCAAGGGAUACCGUGUUUAUUACACCAUGGACGACUCCCAGCCCAUGAGCCUCUGGCAGAUUCAUAAUGUCCAGGACAGCAUUAUCACUACUAUCCAGAGCCUGGUUCCCCAAGAGACAUACACAAUCAAAGUCCUAGCAUUCACCUCUGUAGGGGACGGACCAUUCUCCGAGCCCAUCCACGUCAAAGUGCUGCAAGGAGUUCCAGGUCAACCAUCCAAAUUCCAGGUUGGUGCUGUGUCUGACACAAGCAUUGAACUGACCUGGGAACCUGCCUAUGAAAAGGAAGGAAUUAUAAAUUAUGAACUUCGCUACUCAGAGGGCACUUUUGGCACCCCGAUGAAGAAAACAUUUGGACCCGCAUCUUCAUAUGUUGUGGAAGGGCUCCGCCCAAACACAGAGUACCACUUCUCCCUGGCAGCCAUUUCAAUCAAAGGCAUCGGAGCCUUCACAAAUGACAUAUCGCAGAAGACCUUGCAAGCUAAGCCCUCAGCCCCCCCUCAAGACAUUAAGUGCAGCACCACCAGCUCCACCACCCUGCUGGUAAGUUGGCGCCCCCCGCCUUUGAAGAGUCAGAACGGUGUCCUGGCGGGGUAUAGGGUGCACUACCAGGUGGUGGCCCAGUCAGAAGGCGGCAGCGACGACGGCGAACCCACGGAGGAGCCGACGGUGCCUGCCACCGAAGAGCAGGUGCUGCUGCAGCGAUUGGAGAAGUGGACCCAGUACCGCAUCACUGUGUCCGCCUUCACCGUGAUCGGGCCAGGCCCUGAGAGCGAGCCCCUGAUCUGCCGGACAGACGAAGACGUUCCAGGGGCUCCUCCAAGGCGGGUGGAGGUGGAGGUCCUCAACUCCACAGCGCUAAAGGUGAUGUGGCGCUCCAUGACCCCAGGCAAGCAGCACGGUCAGAUCCGUGGCUACCAGGUUCACUAUGUGCGUGUGGAAAAUGGGGAGUCAAGGGGCCUGCCCCUCAUCAAGGACGUCAUGCUGGCUGAUGCCCAGUGGGAAACGGACGAUACAGCUGAAUAUGAAAUGGUCAUUGGAGGACUGAAGCCAGACACCACAUACUCCAUCACGGUGGCAGCGUACACCACCAAAGGGGAUGGAGCCCGGAGCAAACCCAAACUGGUGGUGACCAAAGGGGCAGUGCCAGGUCCACCCUAUCUGUCAGUGGUUCAGGACUCGGAGUCAUCAGCUGUUGUUCGCUGGGACCCUCCAGACCUGACCAAUGGCAUGGACCUGCAUGGUUACCGGCUCCAGUUUGGCCGGAAAGAUGUCUCUCCUUUGGCCACACUGGAGUUUGCGCCCCAAGAACGACAGUACUCUGUGGGCAACAUUCAUCGGGGGGCCACUUAUCUCUUUAAAAUCUCAGCCAAGAGCAGGGGGGGCUUUGGAGAAGAGGCUGUUGUGGAACUGAAUGUGCCCGAGAAUACACCAGGGGGAUACCCUCAAAUUAAUGAGGGCUCCAAUGUGACGUGCUGCUCAGUGCAGCUGUCCUGGUCUCCACCAGUGCUGGCGGAGAGGAAUGGGGUAAUCACAGAGUAUACUUUGGCGUAUAAAGAAGCCGGUGCCGGAGGAGCACCGCGGGAGCUACGCUUGCCUCCCAGUCUGUCCAGCUACGUGCUCAACAGCCUCAAACCGAACUCCGCGUACGAUGUGAAAAUACGUGCGCACACCAGUGUAGGUCCAGGGCCCUACAGCCCUCCUAUCCAGUAUCGGACGGUGGCCUUUGAUCCAGCAGAUGUCCCAAAGAAUUUCACUGUCAAGUGGGCUACCAAGACCACAGUGGUCCUUGCAUGGAAGUUUUCCGAGGGCAGGUCUCCAUACAAAUGCACGAUUGAAUACAACCGUCAGAAGAUGGAUGUGGAUGCUAGGCAGAUGAGGGUGCUCGUCACUGGGCUGAGGCACAACACCACUUACGAGUUCAGGGUGACCUGCCAAGAAAGCAUGGAUGGUGGGCCAAGACACCGGGUGGUGGCCAGGACAGCGCCACUCAUCCUGGUAAAGAAACCCAAGCUGGACAUCUACGGCGAGCCUGACAACAUGCUCACCAUGUCCUUCCCACCGGUCGAUGCCAAGGAUGUCAAGAACUUCUAUGUGGUAGUGGUGCCACUUAAGAGGACCUCUGGAAAUGUUAAAAACCUGAAGAACCCUGAUGAGAUGGACAUGGAAGAGCUGUUGCGGGAGGUGACCCCAAAGCGUCGCUCACGCCGUCAGCUGGCUCAGCUGGACCAGAGGAAACCCUACAUCACAGCCUGCUUCAGGCAGCUGCCCUCCAGCUUCACAGUGGGAUCCGACCACCGCCACAACAGCUGUGAGAACAAGCCUCUUGAACCUGGCCAGGAGUAUGUCUUCUUCCUGCUGGCUGAACUCAAUGCCACGGCCGGGAAAAUGUUUGCGACCAGCCCUUACACUGACACAGUGAUGACUCCUGAGCUGGUGGUGGACCCCCUGCCAGUAGAGACUGGUGACGGACUCAUAUGGGUGGUGGGCCCAGUCCUGGCUGUGGUCUUCAUCAUCUGCAUCGUCAUCGCCAUUCUCCUGUAUAAAAACCGUAAAAGAAAAGAGUCGGAGCCACGGACAAAAUGUCUGCUCAACAACGCAGACAUUACUCCCCACCACCCCACAGACCCCGUGGAGAUGAGACGCAUCAAUUUCCAAACUCCAGAUUCUGGUCUGAGCAGUCCUCAGAGUGAAGCAGAUUUUGACUAUGAAAGUAUGAUGAAUCAUCCUCCCAUCCCUAUCUCGGAGCUGGCCGAACACACAGAGCUUCUCAAGGCCAACGACAACCUCAAGCUCUCACAGGAAUAUGAGUCUAUCGAUCCAGGCCAGCAGUUCACCUGGGAACACUCCAACCUGGAGGUGAACAAGCCCAAAAAUCGUUACGCCAACGUCAUCGCCUACGACCACUCCCGCGUCAUCCUGGCUCCCAUCGAGGGUAUCACAGGUAGCGACUAUAUCAAUGCCAACUACAUCGAUGGCUACAGGAAGCAGAAUGCCUACAUUGCCACUCAGGGUCCAUUACCAGAGACGUUUGGGGACUUCUGGAGGAUGGUGUGGGAACAGAGAGCAGCCACUGUGGUCAUGAUGACGAGGCUGGAGGAGAAGUCACGGAUUAAGUGUGACCAGUACUGGCCCAGUCGUGGCACAGAAACCUAUGGUAUGACCCAAGUCACCUUGCUGGACACCAUAGAACUGGCCACUUUCUGUGUCCGCACUUUCUCCUUGCACAAGAAUGGCUCUAGUGAGAAGCGGGAGGUUCGUCAGUUCCAGUUCACGGCGUGGCCUGACCACGGUGUACCUGAGUACCCAACCCCCUUCCUGGCCUUCCUGCGCAGAGUGAAGACCUGCAACCCGCCUGAUGCCGGACCCAUCAUCGCCCACUGCAGUGCGGGUGUUGGUCGGACAGGCUGCUUCAUCGUCAUCGACGCCAUGCUUGAGCGCAUCAAGCACGAGAAGACGGUCGACAUUUACGGCCACGUGACGCUGAUGCGGUCACAGCGGAACUACAUGGUGCAGACGGAGGACCAGUACAGCUUCAUUCACGAUGCACUGCUGGAGGCGGUGGCCUGCGGCAACACUGAAGUGGCUGCCCGGAGCCUCUAUUCCUACAUCCAGAAGCUGGCCCAGGUGGAGAGCGGCGAGCAUGUCACUGGCAUGGAGCUAGAGUUCAAGCGCUUGGCCAACUCCAAAGCCCACACGUCGCGCUUCAUCAGUGCCAACCUUCCCUGCAACAAGUUCAAGAAUCGGCUGGUCAACAUCAUGCCCUACGAGACCACACGCGUUUGCCUGCAGCCAAUCAGAGGCCUGGAAGGAUCCGACUACAUCAAUGCCAGUUUCAUUGAUGGAUAUAGGCAACAGAAAGCCUACAUCGCCACGCAGGGCCCUCUGGCAGAGACUACAGAAGACUUCUGGAGAAUGCUCUGGGAGAACAAUUCCACCAUUGUAGUCAUGUUAACCAAACUGCGAGAGAUGGGACGGGAAAAGUGUCACCAAUACUGGCCGGCGGAACGUUCUGCCAGGUAUCAGUAUUUUGUGGUGGAUCCCAUGGCCGAGUACAACAUGCCCCAGUACAUCCUAAGAGAGUUCAAGGUCACAGACGCCAGGGAUGGCCAGUCCAGGACAGUAAGGCAGUUCCAGUUUACUGAUUGGCCAGAGCAAGGCGUCCCCAAAUCUGGGGAGGGAUUCAUUGAUUUCAUUGGCCAGGUGCAUAAAACCAAGGAGCAGUUUGGACAGGAUGGACCAAUCUCUGUCCACUGCAGUGCUGGCGUGGGCAGGACUGGAGUUUUCAUCACCCUCAGCAUCGUCCUGGAGAGAAUGCGCUAUGAAGGUGUGGUCGAUAUCUUCCAGACAGUGAAGAUGCUCCGGACACAGAGGCCAGCCAUGGUUCAGACUGAGGAUGAGUACCAAUUCUGCUAUCACGCAGCUCUGGAGUACUUAGGAAGCUUUGAUCACUAUGCAACGUAAAAAGCCAUCUCUUCCCCCCAGAAUCCUGUCGCCCCCCCCUCAACAGUCUCCUGAGCCAUAGUAACUUUGAAAUUUGAAACGACGACAGCAGACGACGAUAACACCACCGCUAAUUCAGACACACCAAACAGGAUCCUAAUGUAGAUUUUUAGAAGUCAAUGCCCAACAGAUUCACUCUAGAUUUUAAUUCCAAUUCGACCAAGAGACCCUUCUCGAGGAAGCGAGGAAAAAUUGCCCAUCAUCAAGAAAAGACGAUCUUCAUCAGGAGAGGAACCAGAAGCUGUGGCUCAAGCUUUGGGGCGGGAGUCGAUCAAAGUGUCAGACUGCUUACCUUACCUCAAGUGUUUCAAUGUGGAGGACAUUGUAAACAUUCGUGGACAUUUCUCUUCUCAAAAAUAUCUUCGUGAUACAACGGUAACAAGCAACAGAUAAAGAAGGAGAAGGCAACAGCAAAAAUCAGUGAGAGGCAGAUGGAUGUAGCCAAGACGGGGUGACUUUCUUGUUUUUUUGAUAUGCCUGGGUGUCAAAGGGGUUCAAGUAUUUGUAUCAACACAUUUUGUGAAUGAUAUCCAGAGAAAUGACCAAAAUGAGGUUGCCUAUGUGAACACAAGUGGUUUUCCCCAAACUCUGGUCACCCAAACAAGAUGGGACGAAAAAAAAAAGAAAAAAUGCUUGUUCCAUCUGGCAUUAAGUAAAUCUUGAGUUUUACACUGUUCCACUAAUGAUACACGUAAUGCGUGUGGAAAAACACUCAACUGUUAAAGUACACAUCACAUAAUUGCCUGUUCUUAAGCACUAGGAGCUUAGAGAAGGCACUGUCCGUGGUUGUUGGGAAGAAAUCAGCAAAACAUAUCUUGAGAUCAGUUAGUUUUAUGAAUUGUGAACUUCUGCAAAAUCAGUAUCUUAAGCCACAAGCAACAGUGAUGUUGAAAAGUACCACAAAGUAUUUACAGUAUUAAGAAAAAAAAAAGAAAAAAAAGUGUCCCAGGAGGCUUGUGUCUCAGUCACCAGAGGAUUCGGGGGAAAACCUCGUCUGUUGCAAGACACUGCGGCUGGGUCGUCUUGUGGAUGGUCAAGGUGGGAGAAAUGGCAACUGUGUCCCAAGAUUUUUUACAAUCACUCCUCUCUUUGGAUCCAUUGCAUCAUGGGGCUUCGGUGUUAACAUCCACCAUUUUGAACAAGAGAUAAACCUGGUGGGUGAGAAGCUUUGGAAUAAACGGAACAACCAGACAAGGAUUGCCGCAAAAGUUGGGGCUCUCUUUGUGUACAGUGACCAACGCUCAUCAUCAUUGUUUAGAACUUUUUUGUCUUAUGAGGAUUUUUUUUUUUUUUUUCGUUUUCUUCUCUGUCAAAACCAAACAUGCUGCUUAUCGUGUGUAUGCUGUACGUGUGACUCUUGAGGGAGAGGAAACUGACGAUGCCAGCUCUGCUAACCGCUCACACCCAGGCGGACAUGACUAAAAAAAGCGCAUCCACAUGACAUCAUCGUCCACCGGUCUUUUCCAGCCCUCCUUUUUUUUGUUUUUUAUUUCAAGCCUCCUCUAUAAUCAUCUAUUUCAUUGUACAAGACACUCAAAAGUGGCAGAGGCCUGUUGCAGUUACAAAGCUUUAUGUUCCUGUGAUUGAAAAAUUGGCCUUUAGUUCCACUGUAUGUGUGUUUGGUAACAGGUGGAUAAACAAAGUAGAUGCUUUGGUUUUUGUCCUCCGUUUUAUAGAUGAUGUCUCUGUGGGUGAUACAGCCGGACCAGGCAGCCAUGUUGGAUCUCAAUGCCAUGAUGUGAUAAUGAAAAUCUUUGGUACUAAAUACUUUUCUUGCACAUCCCUAAGAAAAAAGAGAAUGGAAACUUGAAAUAAAUACCCCAAAAACAACUGCAGGUUGACGCACUAAUGUAUAUGUGUCUGAUUAAGAAAAAAAAAAUCGAGCUUUUGAAAUCACCAGGUUUUCAUUUUGAGAUCAGCGCUUUGGUAUAAACGAGUGUACGGAUUCUGCAGAGGUUACCGGUGGGUGUGCACAAUAACCAGAGCAAUGGACAGAACUGUGUGUAAUCUUUUCUUAUUUCCAAAAAAGCCUUAUUGUUAUUGUAACAUUAUGAAAACAUUAAUGUUGUAUUAUGACAACUUAUUUUACAUUACAUAGUUGACUUUUUAUUUUCUUUUUGGUUUAGUUUUUUAACAGAGAUGUUGUAUCACAUUUUUUAAAAUUAGCAGGAAAAGAGAAAUGCUUAUUUGUUCAUAUUACGUUAAAAGACAUUCUAUUUUUUCACUGUAGAAAUGUUAAGUAUAACAACAUGUCUGUAUGUGUACGUGUGCAUACAUGCAUGUCUAUCUAUAUACAUAUAUCUACUGUAUAUAUAUGUAUAUAUACACAUACAUAUACUGCACACUCACACAUGCAUAUAUAUUUAAAAGCAGAAUAUAAAAAUAUAUCCAAACACUUAGUAUGAACUCAAUUUUUCUCCUCAUCAUCUUUUUUUUUUUUUAUACCAGCCAGUUUCUUUUGUUUGUGAGUUUGUUUUUUUUUUGUAUUUCUUGUAAAACCUUGUGUGUUUCUUUAGAAAAAGCAGAGGAUAUGUUAGCGCUAUGCCUGAAUCCUCUGCCUCCACUCACCAAUGUUUAACUUCUACCCCUGGGUAGAUCCUGUGCCGAUGAGGAGAUGCCAUUUUUAAAUCUUUUUGAGAUUCUUUAUUAUCAUAAACUUGUAGGCAUUAGUAUUCUUUUUGAUUUUUUUCUUUGAGCAACUGUUGAUCAACUGGUCUACAUAAUAUCUAAUCAAUCAAAAAUUUCAUAAUUGACCUUUUUGUUAUCUAUAUCAGCCCAACUUGACGAACUGUACCUUGAAUGAUCAUGUACAGACUAUGACCCUCACAGUUUUUAAGGAAAAAUCCUAAGUUCUUUCUCUUUUUUACGUUAUUAUUUUCAGACAUAAUGUGGUCAUUCAUUUUGUUAGAUAUCCACUAUGAUCUAGAAUAUACCUGUAAAUAAACAAAUAUAUAGAUUAUAUGUAUUUGUAUCAUUUGACCCUCAAGAUCUCAUACUUUAAAUGGGUAAAGAACUACAAAGAUUGAGGUUCUGCUCAUAUCCAACUUCCUGGUGUUUGUAAAGCCUGUUUUCUCUCCUCCUUUCUCCAGCCCUGCUCCCUGGUCUUUAAUUACCACUCGCUUUUUUUUUUUUCCUGCCUUUAAUUUCCCCUGUUAGUAGUUAAACUGGGAACUAUGCCAGCUUUGUUUUGCCACACCUAUUGCCUCAGUGAGGGCAUGGAAUCAGCAUCAGUGAUCUGCUGAGAGGUUACUCCACUCUACCACCUUACCAUUUGAAUUUGUAAUCAACCAUAAAUUCAAGGAUCUGUUAUAUUAAUGUGGACAAGAACUUUUUUUCCUGCCCUGGCAAUAGCAUGAGUCUAUUAGAGAUAAGAUGGACUUCUCUCUUUCACACCAUGAAACUAAAGCAACCAGAGGGGUUUAAAACCUGAUAGUGUUUAAAUAAUUAGAACACUAAAGCCCUGAAUUCCUAACAAAAAAAGGCUACACAGGUGUAGAUUCAAAAUUUCUUGACUACUACUGAGAAACAAUAGCACCCAAAGGUGUUCUUCAUUCCUUAAAACUUUCCCACAAACCCCCAAAAAGUCCCCAGCUGUCCAACUGCCUAAUAUGCCAAGGUGUCAACCACGAAUAUAUCAUUGGCUGAUGGACAAAUGCAGCUACGCUAAAGGCCACAAAUAGUUCAGUUGCAACACAACAUGUUGAUUCAUUUUCUUCCUAGUGCAUUUUUAUGCCUUGUAUAGAACCAUACUCUUGUGUUUUUGUUCGACCAUGUUUCGUUAUGGGAUGCAGAAAGAAAUCAGGACUCACUGAAACAGCAGUGCGGUGCAACCAAGGGAAGACCAAGACAACCAAAAACUUGCUGCAAAUUCACAUUUUCAGCACAUCAUUUCUGAACAGUGGGAACCUUGAGAUGUUUCAUAAUGAACUAAAAUCCUGAACUGAGGACUUCUGGAACUCAAAAAGACUAGUAAAUGGGGCCCAUGCCAAAACUGAAACCGUGGAAGUCUUUGGAAGCUUGUGCAAUGUGUUACUCUUUUGACUUCAUGUAAAGAUGCUAGACUUUUGAAAACAGCCGCCAAAUUUACCGGAAUAUGUUGCCGAAUAUUUGGGGGUGGGGUGGGGGGGGACUAACAAAAAAACAACACUAACAAAAAAUGACAUCAAAAAGAAUAGAACAUAUACAGUACAUACCGACAAAAUGAAAAAGAACCCAAACUCAGCAAAAUAGUUUUUCCUUUGUAUGAGGGCCAAGUGCUAUCACUUUCAAACUGUUACUUCUAACUGAAACAAUAAUUGGUUUAAAGCCACUGUGUAUGUAGAUAUGUUGACUUUGUAUUAAAGAAAUGUUGUCUGAAAAUCA